UAAUGAUUUAAGAGGAGUCUUUGCCUGGUUGCAAUAAUUCAAAUCUAUAUCAUUCGAUUCAUGAUUAAAAUUAGACAGUUCAAUAAAUAUAAUGUGAAGAAUUUGAAAGAAUUGGUGACAUUCCUGGUCAAAGAGAAAACUCUAUAUAAUCAGAAGUAAAAAAAAAACAAUUUUCUUAAUUAAUGGUUCAAUUCAAUAUUCAUCAUUUCAAAAGAAAAAUGUUGUCAUAUAUACAUCCAUAUAAGGAAUUAUCUAAAAAUUAGUUUAGUAUGAUAUCUGAUAAAUCUUCAUCAUUUAAAAGCUAUCCAAAAAAAUAACAAUAAAAAACAUCAUUACUCUAACAUAAUAGAGCAGUUUUAGGAUUUCGGAACAUUAUCAAAGAAUUUAACAAUACUUUAGUAGCCUAAACAAAGAAAAAAAUAUAAUAUUUAAUAGGUAUAAUACCUAUAAUUAAUCCUUACUCAACAACAAAAUUAAUAUGGGAUGGAAUAAUUACUAUAAUGAGAAUAUAUUUAUUAAUAUGGAUACCAAUUUUAAUAGCAUUUAAAAAUGGUACUUUAGAAGAUAUGAAUGCAUAUACACUUAAUGUGUGUAGUAGUGCUUUUUUAAUUGAUUUGGCAAUGUAAACUUUUACAAUAAGAUUUGAUAAGGGAUUUCCUGUAAAAGAUCGUUAUUAAUUGAUACAGUAUUAAAUAAAUUGGUGGACUGCAAUAGAAUUAUUUAGUUUUAUAAUAUCCUUGUAUUUCAGCAUCUAAUUUCAUUAAAACAAUUCUUCUAUGCUAGUAGUAGAAGAUAAAGGGUGGACCAAGAUAUUAUUGUUAUUAUUAAUAGUCCAGACUAAAAAUAUUCUUCAGUUUAUUGAGAAUUUACAAAGUGUAAUAAAACCAAGUAAAUCAACUAAUUCAUUAAUUGAAUUAGUAAAAUUGAUUUGUUUAAUUUUAUUAAUAUAGCAUAUUUUUUCAUGUAUAUGGUAUAUAAUAGAGAAUUAAUUAGGGUUAUAAUUGGUACAUAUGAACAUUUGAAAGCUUAAUCUUCAUGGCUUGAUAUAGCAAAAUUGGAUAUAGAUUAACCUUGGCAUGAUAUUUACUUAGAAGCAAUGUAUUUUAUAAGUGUAACUACAUUUACAGUUGGAUAUGGUGAUAUAACACCAUAGAGUAUAUUUAAUUUAAUAAAUUAUAGACAUAUCAGAAAAGAGCUUUAUAAUUUUCUAUAUGUUUUUCUGUACUUUAUAGCUCUCUUAUUCUGUUAAUACAAUAGGAUCUAUUUUGAUUUAAUUAAAAGAAAACAAUGAAGAAAUAAAAUAGAAAAUGACAGCUAUUACAGAACAUAUGAGAAAUAGAUAAAUGAGUCGUGGAUUAUAAUUUAAGUAAGAGAAUGUUUAUUAUUUUAUAAAGGGUUAGAGAAUAUUUAACAUAUUAUUGGUAAUAAGAAAAUGUUUAAAAGAAAAAUGAAACUGCUGAAAUAAUAAGAUUACUACCAGAAGAACUAUAAAAAAGUAUAUAAAGGGAAGGAAGUUCUAAUUUAAUUAAUAAAUGUUAAUUUUUCAAAGAGAAAUUUACUCCAGGUUUUCUAAAUCAAUUAGUUGAAAUAGCUUAUGUUUAGAAUUUCUAACCAGGAAUAAUAAUAAAUGAUUUGUAAAAUAUUUAUAUUAUUGAAUAUGGAUAUGUAGAAAUCUUGUAAAAUUAAGUAAAUUUAUAAUAUUAAAUUAUACUAGACAGUUGUUGGUUAAUUAAGUUAAUUUUAGUAAUUUGGAUUAAAAAAAGUAUCUAUGGAUUUAAUAAAUGAAACUAAAUAUCGUACAAAAUCAUUUACAAAUCUUCUUAUUAUUCCAUAUGCAGCCUUAGUCUAAUUAGUUGCAUAAAAUUAGAAUGAAUUGGAAAUAGUAUCAUAGACUAGUUUUAGUAUUCAUAAUGAAUGUAUUAUAUGUAAAGGAUCACAUAAAACAGAAUUAUGUUCUCAGGUUCAUUUUAUUCCAGAUAAUGAGAAGGUUAUUAAAAAAUAUUUGUAUAAUUCUACACAAAAUAGAGGAAGGAUAAAGAGAAAACCGAAAGAUUAAUUUUAAGAAUGGAAAAAUGAAUUAAAGUUUUUUUAAGAUACAGCUGAAUAAUUUUAAUAAGAUUGCAACAAUGAAAUUGAACUUCUUUUCCCAAAUAAUGAAAAAUAAUAGUAAAUCAAUUUAUGCACACAAAAUUCUUUACUUGAAAUAAAUGAUGAGAAACCUAAAUCUAUUAUACUUAAUAUGCCAAUAGGACAAAGAGGUGAAUUUGAGCAGAAAGUUGAAAAUAAAGAAGCCUAAAAAAGUGAUAGAAAAUUAGAAAUAAAAAAUGAAAUCAAUAAUGAAUUAAAUUUAAUUCAACAAUUUGAAUCUAUUUCUUAAAAAUUCAAAUAAAUUCAACUUUAUAAUGAAAAAGUAUAGAAAGAUAUUUUUCUGCUUUAUAAAUAAUUAGAAUGCCUUUUAGGUUAGAAUGAAUGUGAAAUUGAUAAAUAUAAGAGCUAUAAACAUUAUUAUAAGAUAUGGAACAUAGAAAGAAUUAUAGUGGAUCUUAAUUUUGCAUCAAAUUAUAUAAAUCGUAGAAGAAGUGAAAAAGUAGGUCUUGAGUAAAUAUCGAAAUAUUUAUUAUUCCCAAAGAUUUAUUUCUAAAAGUAUCGAACUGAGAAACCAUCUGAAAUUCUAUAAUAACCUUUAGUUAAUAAAAGUAUAAUUUAUAAAUAUUUUAGGCAUUAGAACUUCAAAGAAAAAGAAGCGUAUUGCUAUACAUCCAGAUUUUUGA